UUCAGAACCCCUAUAUCCACUUUGUUCUUGGCACGCAGGCCCCCACAGUUGCCCUGUCCUUGGCGCUCAGGGUCCACAUGCCCCAGUGCAUCUUCACACAACCACUUCCCUUCUCAGUCCAUCAGACUCCGGGGCCUCACUAUGGUCUGGAGAGAGGCUGAAGCCUUGAACCUCCUUUGGGGCACUAUGAUGAAGGGCUGGGGUGGGUAUGUUGUGGAUGACUUUCAGAUCUUGCUGACCCCACUUGUACCCAUGGGGCUCCUUCAGUGUUCCAGGCUAGGUUUUGGCCUUCUAUUAAUGCUUCCUCUCCCUGCUUACCCCUCUGCAUUUUGCAAGCCCCUGCAACUACCCACUCCCAUACACAUUGUGACUCUGGCUCUGCUUCUUGCCCUUUCUCUGGGGCCCACACCACUUUGCACCUAGGCUUCACACUUGUCACAGGCCCACUGGUGGGCUCCUGCUACCAUGGAUUUGUUGUUUGGGCGCCGGAAGACACCAGAGGAGUUGCUGAGGCAGAACCAGCGAGCCCUGAACCGUGCCAUGCGAGAGUUGGACCGUGAGCGACAGAAGCUAGAGACCCAGGAGAAGAAAGUCAUCGCAGACAUCAAGAAGAUGGCCAAGCAGGGCCAGAUGGAUGCUGUGCGUAUCAUGGCAAAAGACCUGGUGCGCACUCGGCGUUAUGUGCGCAAAUUUGUGUUGAUGCGGGCCAACAUCCAGGCUGUGUCCCUGAAGAUCCAGACACUGAAGUCUAACAACUCGAUGGCGCAGGCUAUGAAAGGGGUCACCAAAGCCAUGGGCACCAUGAACAGACAGCUGAAGUUGCCUCAGAUCCAGAAGAUCAUGAUGGAAUUUGAGCGGCAAGCCGAGAUCAUGGACAUGAAGGAGGAGAUGAUGAACGAUGCCAUUGAUGAUGCCAUGGGUGAUGAGGAAGAUGAAGAAGAAAGUGACGCUGUUGUGUCCCAGGUCCUGGAUGAGCUGGGAUUGAGCCUGACAGACGAGCUGUCAAACCUCCCCUCCACCGGAGGCUCACUCAGUGUGGCUGCCAGUGGGAAGAAAGCAGAGGCAGCAGCUUCAGCCCUAGUAGAUGCAGACGCAGACCUGGAGGAGCGGCUCAAGAAUCUGCGGAGGGACUGAUUGCCCUAUACCACCUUGGGUGGGAGGUGGGCAGUGGAUGCCCAGCAGUUUCACUGUACUUCUUCUGUAAUAAACGAUUGGACAAU